CGGACAGGCUUCAAGUUCGCAGUAGCUGUACAAAGCAUACAAAAUGGUGUACAACUAUACAAAACCACGAGGUCCUAUUGCUGCUAUGUAUAGCAGUCCAGGACCUUGUUAUGGACUUCCCAGUCUUGUUGGAUUACAAACUCACGAUCCAAGAAGUUCUCACAACAAAAAUCCAGCUUAUUCAUUUGGUGUGAGGCAUGGUCGAUACCGAGAUGACUGCAGCCCUGGUCCAUGUUAUUAUCCUGAUCCUAAGAUAUACCGAAGUGGCAAGGAUGGUACUCCUCAUUACUCUUUGUACAGCCGCCAAGAACAUGGUACAGUCUUCAAAACUCCUGGACCUGGUUCUUACAGUCCUGAAAGUUCUGGGCCUUCAGCCAAUUUCCGACAUCCUGCUUACAGCUUUGGAAACCGCCCUAGACACAGGAAGUCAGAUAAUUCGCCUGCAGCCAACAGCUAUACCUUACCUAACAUGAUUGGAACCACGGUUCUCAGUGGUAAACGCCAAGCUCCAUGUUACACUUUAUCUGGAAGGCAAACGACUGGAAGCUUCUCUGAAGAUAUGGCUCGAACCCCUGGCCCGGGUACCUACAACACCACAGAUCCCAGUAUUGUCAAGUGCAAAGCUCCUUUAUACAGCAUGACCAGUAGAAAUAUGAUGCCUGGAGAUACUACCAGGAAACCUGGUCCCGGAGCACAUUCACCAGAAAUUGUUUGGGGCCACAAGAGGAAACAACCAGAAUUUUCUUUUGGUAUUCGACACAGUCCCUAUUUGGCACCAUUGAUAGUCAAUGCGCAAGUAUAGAAACAUUGGGUUAUUCUACAAUACAUUUAACAACACAAUGUAAAAAAUAUUUUAGCUUUUGGUUUUAAAUCUGUUCUGUAACAUUUAUGUAAAAUAAAAUAUUUUUGUCUGAUCAAUUGUUUACUUUCUAGUUCUACCCAAACAGCAGUAAUAGAUAGCAGCUGUUCCAUAACCAACAAUCUGAAACUUGUUGACUCUGUCUGCUUUCCCAAAAUUUGUUUCCUUUCCUGUUCUGCCGAAACUUGUUGACUUUUUACUGCUCUCCCCAAAUCUGUUGAGUCUUUCCUGUUCUCCCGCAACGUGUUGACUCUUUUCUACUCUGCCCAAAUCUGUUCGCCUUUCCUGUUUUCCCGCGACGUUUUGACUCAUUCCUGGUCUCCCGAAACCUGUCGACUCUUUGCUGCUCUCCCGAAACCUGUAGACUUUUUCCGGCUCUCUCAUAAUCUGAUGACUCUUUCCUGCUCUCCCGAAACCUGUUGACUCUUUCCUGUUUUCCCCCAUAACGUGUGACCCUUUCCUGCUCUCUCAAAAUCUAUUAGCUCUUUCCUACUCUCCCGAAACCUGUUGAUUUUUUCUUGGCCUCCCGAAACUUAUUAACUCUUUCCUGUUCUUCCAGUGCCUUCAAACAAAACCAAAGAUAGAUUGCCAGGC